AUGGACAGUUUGCUCUGUGACCCAAGUCGAAGAAGUGAAGAUCCUGACAAGAAUGUUGCCUAUAUUAGGCAGCACCAUCAUAAUGAAUACAUGCCUAGCACAACUCCAGACCUUCUCAGUACAGCAAGGAAACCUAAUGUACCGCAAAAUCGGCAAACACGAAUCACUGGCCAUCCGUCAGGCAUCACACAGCUUCAACGCGUUGGAGUUGGUCUAGUUCUUUCUGCCAUUUCAAUGGCAGUAGCAGGUUUAGUUGAAGUGAAAAGAAGGAAGCAAUCACUUAAAGACCUGCACCAUCCCAUAAGUCUUUUCUGGCUAUCCUUCCAAUAUGGAAUUUUCGGAAUAGCAGACAUGUUCACCCUGGUAGGACUAUUGGAAUUCUUCUAUAAGGAGGCACCUUUAAGCAUGAAAUCACUGUCUACUUCAUUCACUUAUCUAUCGUUGUCUUUCGGCUACUUCUUGAGUACUGUUUUUGUGAGUCUGAUAAAUGUAAUCACUAAAAGAGUUACACCAAGCAAACAUGGAUGGUUGCACGGAGAAUUUUUGGACUACAACAAUUUGAAUCUGUUCUACUGGUUCUUAGCCGUCCUCAGUUGUCUCAACUUUUUACUCUAUCUCUACUCAGCCUCAUGGUACAAAUACAAGUCUGCCGAUAGAGAGUCUACUAAUAAGCCAAGAGCAAAGGGUAGUGAUGAUGGAUUGCUUCUUGUCAAGGAAGAAAACACCACGGAAAGUUGUGGGGCAAAGGCAAAUGGAGAGGAAAGUACAGAGGAGAAAGUGGCAAAGAGAAGUGUUGGAGAAGAAAGCACACAGGAGAAGGAGAUGGUAACUAUUAACAGUACAGAUGCUGAAGCUAAAGUUCCCUCUUCUGAGCAAUCGAAUGAAGCUAAACAAGAUUAA